AUGGAUACCCACUUAUCCCUGAAUAAUUCAACAUCCAUCUACCAGAGGUAUCCCGGUGGCCACUUGCUGAAACGUUUUGUACCGGAUGCAUACUACCUUAAGCUCUACGCCUCCCCGGUGUGGUUCUUCGUCGGUCUCAUAGGUAACGCCAUUUCCUUCCUCAUCUGGGUGUCCCACAAACAGCGUGGAAAGAACAGCUCCGCCAUCUACCUUGCCGCCCUGGCGCUAUCGGACUUCUUCCUUAUCCUCCUUCUCUUCAGUGACUACCUGCGUCGCUUCCUCUUCUUUGAAUCCCCCAUUACAGUGAACGGACUGUGCCAGCUCUUUCAGGGCGUCUUUCUGUUCCUCCAGUACUAUUCCAUUGCGCUGACAUUUGGCUUCACGUUGGAACGCUGGAUUGCUAUCUGCUAUCCCUUUAAACGUCACAAGCUCUGUUCCUCUCGUCGGGCGCUGAUUGGUGUCUCAGCACUGGCGCUAAUCGUAAUCAGCUUCAACGUCUUUUAUGCGGCCGCCUGGGAAAUCGUGGAGGGUGAAUGUGUUCUGGCCGCCCGGUGGCAGGACGACUCCAGUUUCUACAUCUACCUGUCCACCGUAGAGUGUGUGUUCUCUCUUCUAGUGCCCCUGGCAACACUGGUCUUCAACAUCCUAGUACUGCGAGAGAUUGGCAAGCUUGUGCGUUCGAAGAUCGUAGUGAAGAGCCAGUCUUCUAGCCUCUUUAGACAACGCUCCUCACAGAAUUCGAUUCCCGCGCAGGAGCAACAACUGAUUUUGGGCUCGAAGCACAGUGGACACAGUGCAAGUGCCAAGGAGCAGUCUAACUUUCACGCGGCAACUCUCAUGCUUGUGAUCCUCUCUUUCUAUCUCAUUCUCUGCACCCUGCCGGUGGGCAUAGUAUUUGUUGUACAGAUGCGUUUUACCAGUUUUUCUGAAUACCUCACUGACGAGGAGGUGUUAGUGAAUCCGCAGUGGGGAGAGUAUUUUGGCUUUUUGCGAGCCAAGGAAAUUGUAGACUUCCUCUGCUCCUCGCAUUACGCCUGCAACUUCAUCAUCUAUCUCAUAACGGGCAAGAGCUUCCGGUCUCAACUCCUGGACACACUAGCCUGUCGGCAGAAGAAGCUGCGGACAGAGUUGACCUCGGCUGCUGCCAUUAACCAGCCUAUCUCACAUCUGGGUCGAGGUGGAAAGUUUCAGCCGACUGCUAACAAAAUGGAGCUACGGUGUCCUGCAACUCGCAAAAAACAGUCCGUUUUGGUUAACCAGGAAAGCGGGGACUGGCUGGAAGUGCCUGGAUAG